AUGGAUUCCAAAUCAGAGAAGGUACAUUUGGCUUGCGACGAAUGUCGCUCCCGGAAGUUGAAGUGCUCCGGAGAGCGUCCUCAAUGCUCCCGAUGCCGCAUCGAAACCAUGCAUUGCGUGUACUCGACUCAGAAACGGAUGGGCCGACCGAGGAAGCGGAAAAAAGGCGAGGUGGAGGACGAUCCGGAUACCGAUUCGAUUCUGUAUGAGAAUGGAUACGUGCCGAAUGCGUCUGCGAGCAAUGGGUAUGCGAUGCCCGAACCUGCCACGUCAGAUUCAUACAUGAUUCCUCCUUUCAGCGAGAGGGACUUCGGGUCGUUUGGUAUAGACGACUUUGCGUUCGACUCGAGUCGUCAGCAGACGAACGGCCACGCGAAUGGCCCGAUGCAGCAUACGAACGCUCCGGGGAAUGGGCAUAACGCUGGCCAGAAUAGUUCUCCAGCCCAGCAGCUGUGGACGCCACCCGUUCCACAGGAGAAUCCCGCCUGUGCAUGUCUCUCCAACGCCUACCUCGCCAACAGCAACCUCCAAUCCCUCACGCACACCUUCCCCUUCGUCCUCCCGCAGAUCCGCGCCGCCAUCACUACCGCCGCCGAGAUCAUGGAGUGCGAGUACUGCCCGAAAGACCCCGGUUCCGCCAUGCAGAACAUGUUCACCUUGGCCACGCUCCUCACCUCGACCGUCGACCAUCUCCGCAAGAUCCUCUCGUCCAUCGACGACGAGGCCACCAAGGUCGAGGCAUCCGGCGGCACCAAGCGGUUCCAGAUGGGCGACGACUCGCCGGGGACGCGGCACAUGCACACGGGGACGCCGGACUGCCCCGCGCGAUUCCCGAUCGAGCUGUCCUCGAACGAGUGGCGGUCACUCGCGAAGAAUGUGGUGAAGUCGCAGAUCGUCGGGACUGUCGAGGACGUGACGACGCUGCUUGGGGUAAUCGACCGGCUCAACAAGCGGCAGAAGAUGUGGCAUGCGAACAAAGAGAAGACGAGCCAGAUGCUGGGGAACUUCUCGAAGUGUGCAGCAGAUGAGAAUGGGGAGUAUACGUGCAUGCGGAUGAUUCGUAUGAUUCGGGAGAUGAUUGAUGUAUUGGAGUGGUAG